ACAAUACUGUAUCUCAACCUGUUUAUCUCAGUGUCUCAGAGAGAGGAAUUAUUCAAUUAUUUUCCAUCAUUCCGUAUGAAGUUUUCCAUUACCCAUACUGCAACUGAGGUGUUUUCAGAUGCCUCCAAAAGGUUUAAUGCAGAUAUUGCUACUAAGUUACCAGACAGGUCCACAUCUCUCUUGCCUGAAACAUCCACAACAAAUUCAUUGUCUGAGACUUAUGUGUGUCCUACAUUUGAAGGAAGACUAGGAAAUAAUUUAUUCCAGUUUGCGUCAGGGUUUGGAAUCGCUGUCUCCAAGGGUUUGAAGCUUGUGAUUGGAGAAAAGGACCGUCUUUUACAAAUUUUUCAAAUGAAAAAUAGUAAACACCUUCUGAUCAGUAAAGACAAAAGAGAAUGUAUCAAAGCAACACUUCGAAAAGAGCGCCAUUUGUGCACAUACGAUGACCAUUUGGUAAACUUUACACCAAAUGGAACAUUCAGCGUGGGAAAUUAUCUACAGUCAUGGAAGUAUUUUCAUAAUGCCUCCCAGGAAUUACGAGAACAGUAUAAAUUCAGGGCUCAUAUUCAGAAUAAAGUGGAUCAUAUUAUAAAACAGAUAUUGGAGAAAUUCAACACAACCCGAAAGGAUGCGACUUUAAUUGCCAUCCAUAUUAGACGUGGUGACUUCGUACGCCUAAAAUCAUCCGGUUAUGCCGUAGCAACUAAGGAAUACUUUGAGAAAGCCAUGGCACUUUUUAGUAAUUAUUCCAGUCCUCUUUACAUUGUUUGCUCCAAUAAUCUUGAGUGGUCUAGAGCUAAUAUUCCUAAGAAGUACAAGGUAGAGUUUACAUCUGGGAAUUUACCGGAAGUUGAUUUGGCUUUAAUGGCUUCAUGUGAUCACAUGAUAUCGUCGGUUGGUACCUACAGCUGGUGGGCAGCUUGGCUUAAUAAUGGGAAAGUGACUUACUACAAAUGGCCUGCUGCGGAAGGUUCUCCUAUCCGUUCUCAUUUCAGCUCAGACUAUAUGGAUUUUUUUUACCCACAUUGGAUAGGGUUAUAAUUAAUGACAUGUAUUAAUGAUGUAGAAUCAUCGU